GUUCUUUAUACCAAUAAGCAAAUUAAUAAGAGUAAUUUGUUCAAUGGCAUCAUCAACAGCAAAAGUGGUUUCUCUAGUGUUAAUAGUAGUAGGGAGAAUGAUGAUGAAUAUUGUGGAAGCAAACACUUGGUGCGUGGCAAGGAGCAACGCUGGCUACGGAGCACUGAAGUCAGGGUUGGACUUUGCAUGCUCACAUGGAGCUGACUGUAGGGCAAUUCAACCCGGUGGCAGUUGCUUCAAUCCGAACACCAUUCAAAACCAUGCUUCUUAUGCCUUUGACAGUUACUAUCAGAGAAAUGGCAAAAACCCUGGUGCAUGUAACUUUGGUGGUGCAGCCACCAUUGCCGUUUCUGAUCCCAGCUUUGGACGUUGUGUGUACCCACCUUCUUCAAGCACUGAUGGAGGAGUUGAUACAACAAUCACGGGGCUUCCAAUGAACAGCAAGACAUUACAAGACCAGACCAACAAGGAGGAUUGAAUACUGACAACAAGGAAAUGAUCAACCUGUUAUUUUAUGAUAUAAACAUUUGUAUUAAGAGAAUUCAUAUAAAUAAAUAAAGAUGUAUUUAUUUAUA